UCAAUAUUCUAUGAUAUCUCAAAGUUCAAAUCUUAUUUUGUAAGAAAAAAUCAUCAUAUUAUUAUCUGGGUAUUCCAAAGUUUCAAUCUUUGGGACAAUGUACCUUCCUCUAUUUUGAUUAGGAGGCAAAAAAGAAUUAAAAAUAUUAAGAUUUUUUUUUUGUUUGUGUGUUUAGAAUAUUUUAAUGGAGCAAUUAAACAAUGGAACAUGGUGAUUAGAUUAUGGAGAGGAAGAAAGGGAAAAAGGGGGGUAAAGGAAAGAGCCAAGAUUAGGUAGGAAGAAGGAAAAAAGUGAGAUAGAAUGAACAAAGAUUUUAGUGGCAUUUUCAAGUUCAAGGUAAGGAAAUCAAGCACAUUAGCAGCCAAAAAGAGGUCAAAAUCCAACAGCAUUUUUGCAUCCAUGUCAGUUGCCCACGUGGACGACGAGGACCUCGCCGCCACAGGGCCCGGGCCUGGACCCGGGCCUGGCGAGGUGUACCAUUCCGAGAAGGUAUUCAGCAAUGGGGAUUUCUACACAGGCCAACUUGCUGAUGACCUGCCUAAUGGUCAUGGCAAGUACCUGUGGAAUGAUGGUUGUAUGUAUGUGGGUGAAUGGCUUAAGGGUAAAACAAUGGGUAAGGGUAGGUUUAGUUGGCCUUCAGGAGCAACCUAUGAAGGAGAAUUCAAAAGAGGGUAUAUGGAUGGCAAAGGAACAUUCACUAGUUCAAAUGAAGAUACUUAUAGAGGUUAUUGGUCAAUGAAUAUGAAACAUGGGCAAGGCUCUCAAAGCUAUGGAAAUGGAGAUUAUUAUGAAGGGGAAUGGAAAAAGGGAAUGCAAGAAGGUCAAGGAAGAUAUCAAUGGAUUAAUGGUAAUUUCUAUGUAGGUCAAUGGAGAGAUGGGAUUUUCCAUGGGAAUGGGACUUUGUCUUUUGCAAAUGGGAAUAAAUUUGAAGGUUGUUGGGAGGAAGGAUACCCUAAAGGGGAAGGUACUUACAAAUGGUCAGAUGGGAGUUGUUAUGUUGGUGUUUGGAGUAUGGAACCUAGUGAACUAAAUGUUACCUAUUACGCGUCUAGUAGUUCAUCUGAUACCGGUGAUGGUGAUUGGGAUCCUCAAGAGUUGUACGACGUCGAUUUGGCUGAUUGUAAGAUUUACCCAGGAGAGGAGAUUACCAUUUUUCCAUCUCAAAAGAUACUAAACUGGCCUAGUUUUAAUGGGAAGAAGACACAAGAAAGAAAGUCAGUUGAAGCUAGAAGAUCCAAUGCAGGAACUACAGGUAAAUCUUGGGAUUAUGAUCAUGAUGGUUCUUCUAAUGGUUAUAAUAAGAGAAGUGUUCAGGGUUCUGAAAAUUCCAUGCCACGGAACUUUCGACCUAUUCUACUCCCAAAGACGGUAAAGAGACAAGGGGAGACUAUCUGUAGGGGGCAUAAAAAUUAUGAGUUGAUGCUCAACUUGCAGCUUGGAAUAAGACAUUCUGUGGGAAGACCUGGACCACCCAUAAAGCGUGACUUGAAGGCUUCGGCGUUCGAUCCCAAGGAAAAAGUUUGGACAAAAUUCCCAUCGGAAGGAUCAAAGCACACUCCUCCCCAUCCAUCCUGUGAGUUCAAAUGGAAGGAUUAUUGUCCUUUGGUUUUCAGGACUUUAAGGACAAUGUUCAAAGUGGAUGCAGCUGAUUAUAUGUUAUCUAUAUGUGGCAAUGAUGCCCUUCGAGAACUUUCAUCUCCGGGCAAAAGUGGAAGCUUCUUUUACCUAACCCAUGACGACAAGUAUAUGAUUAAGACAAUGAAGAAGUCCGAAGUAAAAGUUCUCCUUAGGAUGCUUCCAGCUUAUUAUAACCAUGUUCGCACCUUUGAAGACACUUUAGUUACCAGAUUUUAUGGUCUUCACUGUGUGAAGUUGACAGGGGCAACACAGAAGAAAGUGCGAUUCGUUAUAAUGGGAAAUCUUUUUUGUACGGAGUAUGCAAUUCACCGGCGGUUUGAUUUGAAGGGCUCUUCGCAUGGACGAACAACUGAUAAACCCGAGUCAGAAAUCGACCCAACUACCACCCUUAAAGAUCUAGACCUUAAUUAUAUGUUCCGACUGCAGAGGUUCUGGUUCCAAGAGUUUUGCCGGCAAGUUGACAGGGACUGUGACUUCCUCGAACAAGAGAGAAUUAUGGAUUAUAGUCUUUUGGUUGGUUUACACUUUCGAGAAUCUUGCUCACAAUCUCCCGAAGGAAAUGAAGACAGUAAUAGCGACGUGAUAGCUCCGCGGCUUUCAAAAGUAAACGAAACAGAUAAACUUGUUUUUGAUCCUAACCAGUGGGCAUCGAUUAGACUAGGAAUCAACAUGCCUGCACGAGCAGAACUGACAAUACGAAAAACAGAAGGUGGCGAGCUUCAGGCAGUAGAACCAACAGGAGAGUGUUACGAUGUCAUAAUCUUCUUCGGAAUCAUUGACAUUUUACAAGAUUACGAUAUCAGCAAAAAACUCGAGCAUGCAUACAAGGCUUUCCAAUAUGAUGCUACUUCAAUAUCUGCUGUUGAUCCUAAGCAGUAUUCUAAACGUUUUCGGGAUUUCAUAUACAAGGUAUUUGCAGAAGAUGUGUAAUGGAAUCGGAAUCCGUUUCUGGAGAAACAACUUCAGGUUUUAGCUUAGAUGCUCUUAUUACAGCCAGGAUUUUUUCAGAGCAUGCUUUUAUUAGGAUAAGAUAUUGGUUGCAUAAGAAACUUAAGCAUGCGAUUCUGGCAAUCAGAGCAAAUCAGCAUCCGGGAACAACACCAAUUUUAGGACUGAUUCCAGUGACAUAAUUUAGUGGGAAAAAGGGUAUAGAGUAACAACAAGGAUAAAUAGAAGCAGCUCCUCAAAUUUUAUUCAAACUGUAUAUUACAACUCCUAGUUUAACUCAAAAGGAUAAACAGAUUUGGUAGGUUGAUUAAUUUUUGAUGUACCAAUAAAAUUUAUUACAGAAUUUUUCUUAACUUUUGUCCCAGAAAUUUGAGAACGUGGGGGGCUCAAAGUAGUAGUGGUAAUUGUACAGAACUCAAUGAGGUCAACGUUUUGGUAGCAUUAUUUAUCUAAUAGAGAAAUCAGAUUCUCAGUUGUUAGUAGUUAUAUCUUGACUUUUGAGUUUAUAUAAUGACGGGAAGAUUAUUAUAAGUUUCAUUUUCAGAAAAAUUGCAAUAUCUUGUUAUGCUUUCCCUAUUCAUAGAAAAAGGACUUCUAGCUGUGCCAUAAAGAAUCAAAGAUUCUUACCUUAUGUUCCUAGUCCUAAUAUUUUGUGGGACAACUCAGAUUGCCAUGAAACUUAUCAUCUUUCUUUAUCUGGAUCAUUUUUCAAUAAAUUUCA